UAGCAUUUAAUAAGGAUCUAGAAUGAUCCUCUAGCUCCUAUAAAUAGGACUCAUUGUACUCAUUUUCAAACCAAGCAAAACCAAGAAACAUCAAUACAAUACUACUUUUCUAGAGACAAGAGCUCUCCUCUAAAACACAUCAUCUACAUUACACCUCACUAAAAUCACUUAUUCUACUCAUACAACCAACAACCUCUUCUAUUUUCUAACACCUGCAUUGCCUCCGGUUGAUGGAGGAGGGACGACCCGUCGGGGUGCCUAGAGUUGAUACUGUGGGGGUGCUCGGUCAGUGACUUGUGGCAUGAGAAGGAAGAUAGCUCUAAUUUGUAGCUGCCGCCGAGUAGGCCCUUAUAGACCCAAAGCUUUUAAGCGGUCAUGGAUGGAGGAAAACCUUCCCUUCUUCAAGAUCGAGAUGCAGGCGGCAACAACGGGGGCCUGCGUAGAGAAGGUGGACGGAGGCCACAGAUUCAGAUUCGCAGGGACAUUUGAGGCGAUGGCAGGUAUAAACUGGAGCAUGGCAGGCGAUCUUAAGAGGCGGCCAGAUCCAAGGUGGGCACAGCGAGUAGCAGCGGCCGAUGAGCUUCGCACGACGGCACACAGCCGCUCAAAUAUGAGAAAUCCCUGAUUUUUCCUUCUGAAUUUUCUCAAGACAGUUUCUUGGCUUAAUUUUCUAUGAUUGAGAUUAACUCUUUGGGUUUUUGGGAGGAUUUCUCACUUGAUUAUGCUUAAAUUCUCAAUGAAAGUACCAUUGAUGGAUAAUAG